UUUUUUAGUCCUCCUCACCGAUUCAGUUCAGUUCGUCACCACCACCAUGGGAAAGCAAAAGCAGCAAGUGAUAUCGCGCUUCUUUGCUCCCAAACCCAAAACCACAAACCCUUCAUCGUCUUCUUCAUCAUCAUUUCCUCCCUCCUCAUCAUCAUCUGCAAACCCUCAUCACCCGCCAACCCCACCUCCCAAAAUCACAGCCACUGUCAAUUUCUCACCCUCCAAGCGCACUCUCCUCUCCUCCCACCUCACCUCCUCAUCUCCCAAACCAUCCAAACUACCCAAACUCUCUCCCCACACCCACAACCCUAUACCCACCGCACCCAAUCCCUCCCUCCACCAAAAGUUCCUCCAGAAGCUUCUAGAACCAUCAUCCGACGUUCCAGAACCUUCUCCUUCUUCCAACCCACCUGCCAAGUUCACGCCUUUGGAGCAGCAAGUGGUGGACCUCAAGAAGAGGUACCCAGAUGUCCUUUUGAUGGUGGAAGUCGGUUACAAGUACCGGUUCUUCGGCCAAGACGCCGAAAUUGCUGCGAGCGUUUUGGGGAUUUAUGCCCAUAUGGAUCACAAUUUCUUGACUGCUAGUGUGCCCACUUUCCGGUUGAAUGUCCACGUUAGGAGGCUGGUGAGCGCUGGGUACAAGGUCGGAGUGGUGAAGCAGACCGAAACCGCGGCCAUUAAGGCCCACGGGUCGAACCGGUCUGGCCCAUUUGGCCGGGGAUUGUCGGCAUUGUACACCAAGGCGACGCUGGAGGCGGCUGAGGAUGUCGGGGGUAAAGAAGAGGGGUGUGGUGGGGAUAGUAAUUAUUUGGCUUGUGUUGUGGACAAGAGCGUUGCGUUAGAAAAUGUGGAUGGCGGAGUUGACAGUGGGAUUGAAGUGAAAAUUGGGAUUGUUGCGGUGGAGGUAUCGACUGGAGACGUUGUUUACGGAGAGUUCAAUGAUAAUUGUAUGAGGAGUGGGCUUGAAGCUGCGGUUUUGAGCUUGUCUCCCGCUGAAUUGCUUAUUGGGGACCCACUCUCCAAACAAACAGAGAAGAUUUUACUUGCUUUUUCUGGACCUGCUUCAAAUGUCCGCGUGGAGCACGUCUCACGAGACCACUUCAACGAAGGUGGUGCUUUUGCUGAAGUAAUGUCCCUAUAUGAAAACAUGGAUGGAGAUGAUUUAACAGAUCAUCCAAAGAUAGAUACCGAUGUGAAAGAACAGAGUACUAUUCGCUUGGGAAUUGAGGGAAUAAUGAACAUGCCAAAUUUGGCAGUCCAAGCACUGGCCUUAACUGUUCGUCAUCUGAAACAAUUUGGUUUAGAAAGGAUCCUGCACCUAGGAGCUUCUUUUAGGCCCCUCUCAAGCAGCAUGGAGAUGACUCUCUCGGCCAAUGCACUUCAGCAAUUGGAGGUAUUGAAGAACAAUGCUGAUGGGUCUGAGUCUGGCUCUUUGCUGCAGUCUAUGAAUCAAACUCUUACCAUAUUUGGUUCAAGGCUUCUUAGACACUGGGUAACUCACCCUUUAUGUGAUGGAAACAUGAUUUGUGCUCGUCUUGAUGCUGUUUCUGAGAUUGCAGAAUCCAUGGGGUCUUCUAAAGCUCAGAAUAUUGAACAGCUUGAUGCGGAAGAUUCUUUUGUAACAAAUUGGAAACCAGAGUUAAAUUAUAUACUUUCUUCAGUUCUGACGACUUUGGGACGGUCAACUGAUAUUCAACGUGGGAUAACAAGAAUCUUUCAUCGGACUGCCACUCCAUCUGAGUUCAUUGCAGUGAUUCAAGCUAUUUUAUAUGCUGGAAAACAACUUCAACAACUUCAAAUUGAAGAAGAGGGAAGCAAAGAAAAUUUGAGAGGAAAGACAGUACGCUCUGACCUGCUGAGGAAGUUGAUAUGUACUGCUUCGUCAUCCACUGUAAUUGGAAAUGCUGCAAGACUGUUGUCUACCCUUAACAAAGAAGCAGCUGACAAACAGGAUCUACCAAACUUAAUAAUCUCUGAUGGGCAAUUUCCUGAGGUUGCUGAAGCACGGAUGGAGGUUCAAAUGGCAAAGAAAAAAUUGGAUUCUCUCAUCAGUUUGUAUCGCAAACAGCUUGGAAUGCGCAAGUUGGAAUUCAUUAGUGUGUCUGGAACGACACACUUGAUAGAGUUGCCCUUAGAUGUAAAGGUGCCUUCAAAUUGGGUUAAGAUCAAUAGUACCAAAAAGACUGUCCGGUAUCACCCACCUGAUGUUUUGACUGCUUUAGACCAUCUAGCCCUUGCAAAUGAGAAACUCACUAUCACCUGUCGUGCUGCUUGGGAUAACUUUCUAAGUGGUUUUGGUAAAUAUUAUGCUGAGUUCCAAGCUGCUGUUCAAGCAGUAGCGAGUUUAGAUUGUCUUCAUUCACUUGCUGUUCUUUCAAGAAAUAAGAACUAUGUUCGUCCAGUGAUCGUAUAUGAUGAUGAACCUGUCCAGAUACAUAUAUCGUCUGGCCGUCAUCCGGUUUUAGAGACUACAUUACAAGACAAUUUUGUUCCAAAUGACACAGAUUUGCAGGCAGACAGAGAGUAUUGUCAGAUUAUUACUGGACCUAACAUGGGUGGAAAGAGUUGCUACAUUCGCCAAGUUGCUCUCAUUGCUAUCAUGGCUCAGGUUGGUUCCUUUGUACCAGCAUCAUCGGCAAAGCUGCAUGUGCUGGAUGGCAUUUUCACUCGAAUGGGUGCUUCUGACAGUAUCCACCAAGGGAGAAGCACCUUUCUUGAAGAACUGAGCGAGGCUUCACAUAUACUCCACAAUUGCACAGCACGGUCAUUGGUUAUCAUCGAUGAGCUUGGGAGAGGCACGAGUACACAUGAUGGCGUGGCUAUUGCUUACGCUACAUUACAUAAUCUGCUACAGCAGAAAAAAUGCAUGGUCCUCUUUGUCACGCACUAUCCAAAAAUUGCUUAUAUUAGAACUGAAUUCCCAGGCUCAGUGGAGGCAUACCAUGUUUCUUAUCUGACUUCAAAUAGAGAUAUGGAUACGGUAGGCAUGCAAUCUGAAAAUGAAGAUGUCACUUACUUAUAUAAGCUUGUGCCUGGUGUUUCAGAGAGGAGCUUUGGAUUUAAGGUUGCGGAGCUUGCACAGCUACCUUCCUCGUGCAUAAGACAAGCGACUAUCAUGGCUGCUAGGUUGGAGGCAGUAGUAAACAGCCGAGCAAGAAACAGACAUGGAAAAAAUUGGUUGCUAAAAUCACUGGUAACAGAUCAAAAGAAAGAAGCACAAGAUGAAAUGCUGGAAUCUCCCGAGUGCCUUCGUGUAGGAUGGAGUCCGGUUUUAGAGGAGACAAAUGGUGGUGCAUAUCAGAAAUUCUUUAUUAAUUUGAAAGCUGCAAUAAUUGAUGUUGACGAUCCUGUAAAAAGCUGUCAGUAUUUGAAUCACGCAAGAAGCAUUGCAAGAGAGUUAAUAAGCAGAUAAGCAGUCAUUCCUGAAAAGUGAUUUGGCAUGCAUGCCGCAGUGGAUACAGCAGCAGCGACGGAGGCCGAUUCGAAACGUCGAAUUUCAUCAAUUUUGUAGAUAGUAUUUUGCCUGAAGAAUUUUGUAUUUCUUGAGGUCUCGAUCUUCAUCUUUUUGUAAUUAUCCAUACACAUAUCUGCAUGCUUUUUGAAGAAAUAAAAAAGAACAUAACUAAAA